AUGGGUCUACAUUAUCCAAGCUACAUUGAACAAUCGAUAACUUCCAACAAAGUAAUCACACCUGAGGUAUACUUUAACGACCCAGGUGAAACUUACAGAGAAAGAAGAAGGCCGAAUUCAGAUAAGGAUCACAAAGGAUAUAUCACGUAUGGAUGUAGAUUAUGCAGGACUCAUCUAUCCUCCUCCACUCAGAUUAUUUCUAGAGAUUAUAAAGGUAAACUAGGAAAUGCAUAUCUGAUGGAAAAUCUACUGAAUAUCGUUGAGGGAAAGCAACAAGAGAAGGUAAUGGUCACAGGUAAAUAUACAAUAUGUGAAAUUCAUUGUCAUUUAUGCAAAAAAGUUAUUGGUUGGAAAUAUUUAAAGUCAAAUGCAUCAAGUCAGAAAUUUAAAGUUGGAAAAUAUAUAAUGGAGAUGAAUACAGUUCGCAGAUGCGCUUAA